UUGAACUUUUUCUCGAACUUAACCUCCCCCGGAGCAGGUUGGCCAUUCAGCAUAAGUUAACCAUGUUGAUUCGACUUGGUAAGAAGAGAACCAUCGUCAGUUGCAGCCCCAAAAAGUUUUUUUCUCCCCUGAGAAAUUUUCGUAACCCAAAGAUGCCAGUUGAAAGCCUGGAGGAGAGGACAGUGGAGGUGCUUCAGCUGCCUGAAGGAGUGGAUGAGGAGCUGCUGUAUCUGUACUUUGAGAAUAAGCGCCGCUCCGGUGGAGGCCCACUGGUCUCUGUUGAGAAAAGGGGUGACCAUGCCACAUUGGUGUUUGAAGACGCAGAUGCUGCAGCCAAAGUGCUGUCUAAAGAGCACCACGUUCUGCAUAAUGUGGAGCUGAGUGUGAGAAGGUCUCGCCCAAAGGACCCAUGCAGACUGCUGCUGCGGGGGAUCAACCCCAACACCGUCAUUGAGAUGAUAGAGCUCUAUGUGGAAAACAUGAUGGGUUUGAACGUGACAGACUAUAGCCUGUGGCCCUCACCGGAGAGAGAUGUCAUCCUCAUUCAACUCAGCCAACCCUUGUCAAAAGAUUUCCAAACCCUCGGUACGAGGGUCUCCAGGCGGACACUGGAUGGGGCCAUGGUAACACUUGAACAGAUUGAGCAAACUGACUCUGUUUUGGUGGAGAACCUGCACCCAGGCACCACUCCUGACCUGCUCACUCUUUACUUUGAGAGCAAGCGAGGCACAAAUCAGAAGGUGAAGGAUGUCACCAUGCUAUCAGAGGGCACAGCAAAGGUGUCCUUUGCCAACCGUGAAUCUUUGGGCCCUGUCCUGGAUCAUCAACACAAACUGGACGGUGCUGACCUAGUAGUGAGGCCGUACUUUGACUUUCUUCAUCCAACAGAAAGAAUAACUUCACAAAAAUGUGGAAGUGGACAGAAAGAUAUGACUGACAGAAACUCGGAGGAUCAGAGUGAUAUUCUGAUGCAGACCAGUCCUGCCAUGGUGGACAACGCCAACGGCCAGUCUUCCUCUCAGACGACCCCGGAGCCUCUUGCUACCCAUGAGGCGGUAGAGGAGGCGACAGACAAAGUUACAGACCAAACAGAGCAUGCAGAUACACUGUCAAGCCAUAUUGCUAUUGAUGACCCAGUAAAAUUAGCUUUGCUUCAACUUAGCCCUCUUUCUCAGAUCAUUGAAAAGCCUCACCCAAAUUUCACUGUCGAAGUUAAGGAUGAUGGUGUGCUCAUUGUAGGACGUGGCAGACAAAAUCUGGAGCUGAUAAAACACACCAUUUUGGACGCUCUUGGCAAUACGGCUGAAACUCAUUUCACCCUGGAGCCAGAAAAGGCUCAGUUCCUUGCAAGGAAAGAUGUAAAACAGCAACUGCUGCAAACCAUGGAUCAAAUUGGAUCACCUGCCAUGUACCUGGUAUCAGGAUCUAGAGUUGUGGUAGCGUCGCAAUCCCAGGACUCUGCUCAACAGACGUGUAGCUUUUUAAAAUCCCAAAUGUGUCACUUCAGCAUACCGUUGGACCCGGAACAUGGAUGCACUUUAUACCUCAACGAGUGGUCCGAGUUCCUGCAGGGCCUGGGUCUCUCCUCUGUAAAGGUGUCGGAACGAGGGCGGAAUAUUGAUGUGUUGACUUUGAAAGGGAUGGAGAGUGAGAAGCAGGCGGCAAUCCUGCAAUUCCUUUCUACACCCAUUGAAAGGGAGACGGUGAUCGCUAUGGAGCCAGGCAUGCUAAAAUACAUCCAGAACCAUUGUCAUCAGCUGUUGGCUGACAUGGAGCAGGUGUCUAUUUUUCCACUAGAGGCCGAGGAUGUCUGUGGUUUGAAGAUCCAUGGCCAGGCUGUUGCCUGCCAAAUAGCCAAAGAGUUGUUGCAAGACUUGGUCUCCAAUAUCUGCACCAGAACCAUCAUCGUAAACUCUCCAGGAGUGGCCCGGUUUUUAGGUGAACCCGAGUGUAAGAGCAUUCUGAACGAGAUGGAGACCAAGUUUCAGGUGUACAUAAGCAUAAAGUCCAGGCCCUGGGAACACCUUCCUCACCAGGACGUUUUUGACACUGCAUGGAGGAUGAUGUCCCAAAGAAACUUUCAGAAAGUGUCUAUGGAUGUUCCUACACAGGAAUUACCAUCAGAUGCAAUUCAAACUGAUCAAAAUGGAGCUCCUGACGAAGGCCUUUUAGAGGAGGCAAAGAGAAUCGUGUCAUCCCUCGAUGAGAAACUCAAAGAGGGUGCGUCCAAUUCAGACCUGCCUGAUGACAUGGAUAAUGUAGACCUGUACUCAGCUGAAGAACCGACCAGCCUGCGAGACCAGGAAUCUGAUGUGAUGGCGGUCGAUGCUUCCCAGUCCUCGGCAGAAGGGAACGCUGUGAGCGGGUCAGCACUGGGCCUCCCUAGUGAUCUGGAAGAGGAAGCCCAGCUGUCUUUGGCCAUCCAGUACUCAAUGGAGUCAAACCAAUUGUUCCUGGAGGAUGAAGAGGAACAGCUGAAUAAAGCCUUGGAGCUGUCCAGGAAUAUGAUCCAACACGAAGCCUCCUCCGGUGAUGCUGACAAGAACCCCCAAGUCAAUCAGCCCGCGAAGGACGUCCAUGUUUCUCUACAGGAGACCAUCAAGGCAGCAAACACCAUCCAGAUAGAUGUGUUUGCAGGUUAUGAAUGCGAUCUGAUUCGAGUGGACAUAGCCUUUUGGAAAAAGGUCAGCCAGCGACAGGUGGAGGAGAAACUCGAGCACAGCAGCGUGAAGAACAUCUCUGACUACCACAGGACGUGUUUGGAGAUGAUCAUGAGGAAGUAUGCCGUCGAGAUUGAAGUUCAGGGCACCAUAAUCACUGUUUCCGGAUUCAAGGACUAUGUGCCUGGAGCGGUGUGGGAUGUGAAGCUGCUGCUGGAGAAGAUCGGCACUGCUGUCUCAGACGGGGAAAUCCUGAGGACUGUCCAGUGGAUGCGCCAUGAUCCGGCCUCCUCCAUGACUCCAUAUUCAUCCAAUGCCACAGUAUUCAUCGAGAGCGCUUGGAGGAUGAAGCAGGAGCAGGUUGACAUCUUGCUCGACAAUCAGCCUCACACGAUCAACUUUGAGAAGAUGCAGGAACACAACGUAACUCUGGGGAAAUAUGUGAAAAUCUCCAGGAAGCGGCUGGAUGCGGGGGAUUUGGAUGAGGACAUUCCAGAAGAGGAAUACUCCCUGCUGUCAGUCAUGCCUGAAGUGACCAGAGUCCAUGAGGGAUCUGACGAAUUUCAGGAUGUGGUGAAGAAUUUCUAUGCGACCAUCCACGAGUACCACAGCAAGAUCAGAAUCAUACAGGUGGAGAAGCUCAUGAAUCGACUGCUGUUCAACCAGUACAAGUUAAAGAAGGCGAGCGUCCUGCAGCGGGCCACGUACCCAGAAGUCGAACGCACUCUUUACCACGGCACAAAUGAGACGAGUGUGAAAGAGAUUUGUGUUCAUGGCUUCAACAGAAGCUUCUGUGGAAGGAACGCCACCGCCUACGGCCAAGGGGUGUAUUUUGCCGUCAACUCAGCGCUGUCUGUACUGGAUCAGUACUCGCCCCCGAACAUCAACGGACACAAGUUCAUUUUUGUGUCAAAGGUUCUGACGGGAGACUUCACUAAAGGUUGCCAUUCAAUGAAGACCACGCCGUUGAAGGAGACCGGCGACGUUCCCCUCAGAUACGACAGCGUGACGGACCACAUCACCAAGCCGACGAUGUUCGUCAUCUUCAAUGACACGCAGGCUUUUCCUGAAUACCUCAUCACGUGCCAGAGAAUCCGCCCCUGAGGAAACUCACGAGCCAUAAGAUUUGGAGAAGGGAUAAGAUUUGUUUUAAUUUUGAUUAAAAAAGUGUGAUUACUUUCUAAAGGGCUAAUGUGCUGUACAGUUGGUGUUCAUGUUUUUGUUUUUAUCACUUUGCCGCAGACCAUUUUCUCAGUUUCUCCACGUUCAGUUCUUCAAUUUCGUCAGGUUAGAUCAGGAGAAUCUCAGCUGAGCUAAAAAAAAAAUUAAAAAUAAUAAAUGUAAUAACUGUAAACAUUCUCUUGUCCAUGAAUUAUCAGUUUUGAACUGUGCCUGUUGGCAGUGAUCCAACACCUCAAUUUUUCCUCUCUGUGCUAAAACUUUGAAGCAUCCAAAAUAUGUUAUAAAUGUGUUUUUGAAAAACAACCAUAAAUGGUCCGUUGGAUAUAGUUUUUUUUGUAUUAAUGUGAAAAUAACUGACAGUUUUGAUUUUGAAAUAUUUGUCUGGUGACCGUGUUGUUCGGGGAUUAUGGUGAACUGUUUCUUUUUUUCAACUGAUAGUUGCAAUUUUGUGCGUAUAAAAUGUUUGAUGGCCUGAAUCUGACCUUUAUUGUUAUUUUUUAUUUUUUAUUUUUGAGAAAAGUUAAAUUAACUCUGAGAAUUGCUAUUAAACAAAGUUGCAGAAACUACCUGGUGUGUAAGAGAAGUAGCAGGUCCGCUGUUGACCAUGAAGAACAUGUUAUUUAGAAAUAAUCACCAUGGUGAGAAAACCGGAACAUUAGGCCUAUUUUGAUCUUUAGCAUUCAUUAUCACACUAAGGGAAUUAUUACUUUCUACGUUUCAUGCUACAUCGUUUCUCUUGCACAUCUGCCAUGCAAACUAAAGCAAUGUGUAUCGUUAUUUUAAUAAAAAAAUAAUACAAAAUAUUGUACAACAGUAA